UGUCUGAGAGCGGACUCAGCCUGUCUUUAUCUCCGCGGAGUUCCCGCGCCUUUUCCUGCCGGGCUAAUGACAAAAGAGGCUUCCAGCAGAGCAGCGGAGGGAGGGCGGCCCUCAGCUCACUUUUGGCGGACAGUUUGAAGGCUGUUCUUCCCUCCAAGCAGCCUGUGGACACUGAGGCGGGGGCUGAGCCCCCCCUCCUCUUCUGUCCUGUCCAGCGGGGCUGAGCUCCAGGAGCCCGUCACCAAUCAGAGUCCGGAGGUCUGAAGCAGCGUCACAUUUCACAGCCUCUCCUCCUUUAAGAGCAGCUCGUCUCCGCUCUCCAACACAAACUUCCUCCUGCUCACAGAGAGACAUGGCUAGAACCAAGCAGACCGCUCGUAAAUCCACCGGAGGCAAAGCCCCCAGGAAGCAGCUGGCCACCAAGGCUGCCCGCAAGAGCGCCCCGGCCACCGGCGGCGUCAAGAAGCCCCACCGUUACAGGCCCGGUACCGUGGCCCUCAGAGAGAUCCGCCGCUACCAGAAAUCCACCGAGUUGCUCAUCCGCAAGCUGCCCUUCCAGCGCCUGGUCCGAGAGAUCGCUCAGGACUUCAAGACCGACCUGCGCUUCCAGAGCUCGGCCGUCAUGGCUCUGCAGGAGGCCUCAGAGGCUUACCUGGUCGGCCUCUUUGAGGACACCAACCUGUGCGCCAUCCACGCCAAGAGGGUCACCAUCAUGCCCAAAGACAUCCAGCUGGCCCGCAGGAUCCGUGGAGAGAGAGCCUAAACCGUCCCAUCAA